AAGUAAAAUGUCAUUUUUUCGGCAGUUUUUGGGUUGAAAUUCAAUUUUAAUAGAAGAAAAUUGGAAAUUUUGGAUUUUGUUCGUGAAUCCAUGAACGCCCCGCGUACUUAACGCAACAGUAAACAAGAAUAAUUGCAGUAAACAUCAAUCACUGAAGUAGUUCCCAACAGAUUUUCGUGGUUGGCGAGCUUUUUUCCUCCCGUGGCACAAUGAUGCUCGCACCGAAACCCAUCAAAGUCACCAAAGUUCUCAUGUGCGGCGGAAAAUCCGUCGGAAAAACGACAAUUCUCGAGCAACUGAUACACGGAAAAGUUACCAAGGAUUUAUACCCAACGAUAGAAGAUAUUUACGUUGCCAGUGUCGAUACGGGCAAAGGUACGCGAGACCAAUUGAGUAUUUAUGACACAGCUGGCUUGCAAGGCAGCACCCAACAACUCCCACGACACUACAUCAGCUUCCCGGAUGCCUUCAUACUGGUCUAUGACCCCUCAGAUCCGUCUUCGUUGGAUAUUUUAGGGAAUCUCAAGGUCGAUAUCGAUCGAAAUAAGGAGAAAAAAGAAGUUGCGUUCAUCGUUUUGGCCAAUAUGAGGUCGAAAUCGCGUCAAAUGUCACCAAAUAAGGACCCAAACAGCACUUUAGAUCCGGAAUCUGUGCUGCAACGAGCGAAUUUGUGGUGUGCGAAGGAGCGAAUUAAACAUUAUGUCGUCAAUGCGCUUGAAAGACCGUCGCUUUAUAACCCUUUCAUCGAUCUGGCGAUAAAAUUACAUCCAGGACAGACGAAAACAAGUACCUUUACGCAACUCAGGCAGAAAACUAUCAGUAAUCUAAGUGCAUAGAGUAUGAUUUAGGGAUAUUUUAGUGAUUAGAGUGAUUCAAAGAUGUGCAAAUCCAAAGGAAAUACGAAUCUCGUAGAGCAGCUUCUUCCAUUUUAACGCGAUUUCUCGCAAAAAUGAUAUUUUUUUUACAAAUUUCCAUCGAGAAAUUAACUA